AUGGACUACCCUCGGCACUAUGAAGGUUGCCCAUUGCUCUCAGUGGAGGUGAUCCACCAUUUUCUUAAAUCAUGCGAUAGCUGGUUCUCUCGUGGACAACAUAACAUUGUGCUAAUGCACUGUGAGGUUGGUUGUUGGCCAGUUUUGGCUUUCAUGUCGGCUGCUCUUUUACUUUACAGAAAACAUUACACUGCUGCAAAUAGUGCCCUGGACAUGGUUUAUAAGCAGGCCCCACCUGAUGUGUCGCCACAGUUGAUGUCACCAUUGAAUUCGUUAGCUUCUCAGUUGAGAUACUUACAGUAUGUGUUAAAGAGGAAGGCUGAAGAGCAAUGGCCUCCAGCAGACAAACCACUCACAUUAGUUUGUGUGAUGAUGAGAAUGAUUCCUGAUUUUGAUGGAAAAGGGGGUUGUUGUCCUAUAUUUAGAAUUUAUGGACGUAAUCCAUUAUUACAUGUUGAUAAAAGUUCUAAACUUCUUUUUUCAACCCCAAGAAGGAAUACGAAUGUGCGGUCUUACAAUCAGGUGACCAUAGGAAAAAAUGUGAGAUUGUUUGUUAUCAGUGUCGGUGAUAGGGUUCACCUGUGUUUGGUUUGCACAUCUUCUGACCUUUGCUAUGCAUUGCUGGCAGAAAGUGAAGUGGUCAAAAUAGAUAUUAAUUGCCAUAUUCAGGGUGACGUGGUGCUGGAGUGCCUUAACUUGCAUGAUGACAUGGCGAAGGCCGAUAUUAUGUAUUUUGCCAUGUUCAACAUAGCGUUCAUCAAGUCAAAUACUUUAGUGCUUAAUCGUAAUGAAAUCGAUGUAUCUUGGGGCAUUAAGGAUCAAUUUUCUAAAGACUUUAAAGCUGAGCUUUUUUUCUCCGAAGUGGACACUACAGCUUCUAUGGUUCUAGUAGACUUGUCUUGUUUCGAAGAAGAGGGGCUCCUAGUGGAAGCAUUUGGUAGAGUUCAAGAAAUGUUUAGCAGUCUGGAUUGGCUUGUACCUCUUCCAGCUUCUUCUGCCAACGGAAAAAUACAACUGAUUGAUCAUAGGCGGGCAUAUAACUGUGAAAUCUUGCUUUUAAUGGUGAAGACACCAGUGCCUGAAUUGAUGGAAUAUGUCCUUAAUUUGGAUGAUUCAGCAAUGGAUGUUGAUCAGGUGGAGAACCUUAUAAAGUGCUGUCCUACAAGGGAGGAGAUGGAACUACUUAAGGGCUAUCAAGGAGAACCAGAAAAUUUGGGCAAAUGUGAACAGAUCUUCUUAGAGCUAAUGAAAGUUCCACGUCCGGAAGCUAAACUCAUAAUUUACGCUUAUAAGUUGCAGUUUAGUACACAGGUUUCAGAACUUAGGGAUAAGAUAAGCAUUGUAUAUUUAUCAGUAGAACAGGCAACUUUGGAAAACAAAUUGCAACAUCCAACUUUGGAUUCCGAAAAGGAUGUUAAAAAAGGGGAUACUGAAAAUAAAGAGGGCUUAUUUAAUGUCAAUUUUGAAUUUAUACCGAAGACAAUUAUGAUAUGUAUUUUGGACAUCAACAUGUAUUGCCUCAAUUACUCAAGUGGUUAA